GCUUUAUAUGUACUUGUCUUAUAACAUACAAAUAUCCCAUUAUAAUCCCUGAUUAGGCAAAUCUAUGCAUCUUGAAUGUAUAUUGUCGAUGCUAUUUCUCAAGGGGUUGAUUUAUUUUUAUUUUUUUAUGCAUGUGUGGACCACUUGAUUAACAGAUAGAUGAGGAACAUUCAAUUGAGAAAUAGGGAUUUCAUCAAAUUUUUGACCGGAUGGGCCAAGCCGUGAAGGGUGCAAGCCCAACUAAUAUUUUUAAGGCUUGGGCCUUAGACCCAAGUGUCUGGCCAAGUUCCAAAACAAACCCAACCAAUUGCCACCCUGUAUCAUCAACUACUGCACAUGCAAAACCAUGUGCUACCAUAUAUAUUCAAACAUUCUGCAUAUGUCACGUAUGUGUGAAGCCUUCGACGUUAACAUCGCUGCACAUGCUAAAUAACUCUUACAUAUUCCAAGCAAGGGUGGCAAUGGGCAGGGUUUGGACCGGCUAGCUAGAAUCAGUACAGUCGUAACCCAUGAAGUUUAGGGUCCGCCCAAACCAAGCCCAAUAUGAGCCGAGCCUGGACCAUCCUAGCCCAGUUCCAACCCAUGAAGUGUUGGGUUUGGAGUUCAAGCGUUACUUCUUUUUGUAGUGUGGUCCACUUGAGCUUUGGAGCUGCCUCAUUUUUUUGGUCAUACCGUAAAAUGAUCUCACAAAAUGGUUGGAUGUUAUGGAUAUAAUACAUUCAUCAUGGUGGGCCCAUAGAACUAUGCCACCUCAACACACCACCAGGUCAGUGCCACGUAAUCAGCGUCCAUUCCAACUGCACAUAGGUGGUGGUUGGAGAGAAAGAGAGAGAGAGAGUUCUGUGGUGUGGUUCAUUUAAGCCUUGGAUCUGCCUCAUUUUUGGGGUCACACCGUGAAAUGAUCUCACAAAAUGGAUGGAUGGUGUGGAUAUAAUAAAUCUAUCAUGGUAGCCCCAUAGAACUUUGCCACGUCAACACACCACCGGGUCAGUGGUGUGUACCACACCACACAAUCAGCCUCCGUUCCAACUGCAUAGAGGUGGUGGUUGGAGCCGUUGUUGCAUCACCUUCGUUGGUAGAGAGAGAGAGAGGGAUUGGAGUUUCUGGGCAUUAGCAGAUAGCAAUAGCAUCAUCCAAUCCAUCCUCCGAGAAGCAGAUGUGGCCCAUUUGGGUGGGUAUGAUGGAUGCCAUUGCCAUUACAACAAUGGUGGUGAUGAUGAUGAUUUUGAUCCCAUCUUCUCAUUCCCUGGUCUUUGAUCUCCCAUCUGGCCGCACCAAAUGCAUCUCCGAAGACCUUCGCAUUAAUGCGGUCGCCGUUGGCCAUUUCAAGAUCGCCCUCAAGCCACCUCACAACUACCUCAUCUCCUCAAGGGUAACGGACUCCAAUGGCGACAGCAUCUAUUACGCAGACAGCGUGGAAUCUGGCGAAUUCGCAUUCACUGCAGCUGAAUCUGGGCAAUAUACCAUAUGCUUUUGGUCUCCGCGUUACGAGCUCUCCACCAGUUUCCCCUUCGAAUUCGAAUGGAAGAUCGGACUCGCUGCUAAGGACUGGACCGUUUAUGUCAAGAAAGAGAAGGUCGAUAUCAUGGGCCUAGAGCUUAGGAAGCUGGAGGAAACAGCCCAUGCCAUCCGUGAAGAGAUGAUAUUUCUCCGAGAAAGGGAGGAGGAGAUGCAGAAGCUGAACGAAAACACCAAAGCGAGAAUGGCCUUGUUGAGCUUCUUGUCCCUCUUCAUUUGCUUGGCGGUCGUAGGCUUGCAACUAUGGCAUUUGAAGAGUUUCUUCCAGAGGAAGAAGAUCCUUUAAUGCUAUCACAAUUUCAGGAAGAAUGUUUCGAAACGUGGAAGAUUCAUCUGGAAAUGAUGUUGCAAGAAAUCAUGUUCACACAUUAGAUGAUAUAUUGAGAAUUGAAAUAAUAUUAAUCUGUUUUCCGUCUCAAAAAAAAAAAUGACAAUGGACAAUCAAUCUCAGACUCUCUGAGCAGUUGCCGCUCAUAGAAAACAGCCCAAUCACAUAACUUUUACUCAGAUCGAUCAACUCCCUAUAUUUUCUGCAUCAUAAAGUUACUGAAAGACCUGCAUAUAAAUCACAUAUGACAUUGCAGUCUCUCUACAAGGCAAAGUUCAAUCUGAUUUUUGAAAAGGAAAUAAAGUAAUGGAGACUUUCAGGACUCAUCACCUCAGCAGCCCUGUCAAAGAAAAAAGAAG